CUGCUAGGCAAGGGCAGCGGUCAUGGCGACAGUUAUCUAUCAUCGCCAACUCAGGUCACUCUGCACCUCCCAGGAAACACUCGAACACGCAAAAUCCAUUCUCAACCUCGCAUCAGUUAGGACGGGCCGCGGAACCGGCUUCGUAGUCAACGCGGCUGCACUGCCUGCAGUCGCUGCUUAUCUUGCAUCUGAGCAAUUGAAUGCAAAUGAGGUCUCCCUCCAGAGCGCAGCGACAGCCGCAUGUGUCAAGCCUCGCGUCUUCGAAGACAUGCUCAAGACCGUACGCACAGCUCUCCAGCUAGAUGACGACAGAGACGGACAGCGUGCUUCUGGUGAAGAUGUUACCUACCAGGGUCUGAUCGUGUCUCAUAGACUGUACCCUCCACAAGAAGCUGUUCGGUGGAUGGAACAAGCAGAGGGCACGUUGCCACAGGUAGAAAUGAUGAAGAAACGGUACGGUUUGCAUAUGAUGACGUGUGCGAUAUUCUUCUGGGUGUAUAAUUUGAUGGGGAACACGAUGGCAGAGAAAACGUUCUGUGUGGACUACGAGUUGAAGCCGAUCAAGUUCAAGAACAUCUUGAAAGGUCUAGACGAGCACUGUGGAACUGUAGCAGAUGUCAUUCGAUCUGCACUCCCUAAAAUCCAGGCUUCUCGCUCUACCACUCCAGCCAGCGCUUCUUCCAAGUUACCUCAGAUCGCACCGUUUCAGCUACUGGGUUUGUCACCGCAGAAAUCAAAAUCACCUACCAAAUCGGCGAUGAAGGGGACAGAACGGGAACGGGAGUUGAUGGUAUCGAGGGCAACCUCCCAGAAACGAACUGUCGCGUUUUGUCAGCCCUUGCUUGACCGAGAAGAUCAUAUGGGCGAGCCUGAAACACCGACGAAAAGGCGCAGGAUCGAAUCGCCCGCCAAAUCAUGCCUCAGACGCGAACUGACAAUGUCGCCUGUCGCCGAUGAAGAUGCCAGCCUGGCUGCGUUUCAGGCAGCGCUCGCGGGUUCAACACCUGCCCAGUCACGACCCUCUAGCCCGAGAAACCCUCCUGCAUUCCCUUCGCCUCGCGCUCGUGGCACGCGGACAGAUACCGCUGAACAACCAUCGACACCCCGACGAUCACACAGGCUACAAGCAUCGCAUUCGGAUAAUGCCUCACCAACACGAUCAACCACAUCUGCAGUCGUGGCUAAGACUCCUUUCCCUUCGGCACAUCUUCCCCCUGCCCAACCUUCCACUCACCCUCACAAGCGUUUCUGCCCCAUCUUCGUCGACCAGCAACAGUGGGUCGCAAAGGAUCCGAAGAUAGCGAGGAUGUGGGCAGACGCAGUGGCACAUCGGACUCGGAUGGUUGAUUUAUACGGAGAUCCAUUGGAGAACUAUCGACCUACCGUCCCGUGAUUCUACCGCUAGCUUGCAUGUUUUCAUCGAUACUGUAACUUGUCUGUGCGUACCUAUUCACCUUCUCAUAUACAGACUUAUAUCGCUCACUGAGGUAUUUAU